CAAAACAUUCUUUUUGUACAAGCCUUGCUAUCAGAUAAAAGUACAGAAUUACAUAUUUGGAUGUUCAACAAAGUCUUAAAACUAACUGAAAGACAGCCAGCAGUCAUAAUUACUGAUACUAACCCUGCAGUAGAAUCUGCAACUUAUCAAAUAUUUUCUCAAAGCUAUCAAAUUCAUUAUGCUUUUCAUCUUAUACAGAAUAUUAACAAAUACUUAAGAAAUUCUCUUGAUAGUGAUUAUAGCAAGUUUAUUAAGCCAUUUUAUAUUUGUAGAAAUAGUCUCAAAAAAGAAACAUUUGAAAAGAGAUUUAAAGAUAUUCGUUAA